AUGUAUCCGGCCGCAACGUCAUCGCAAUCGAUGCUGCUUCCUAGGAGCAGUUUAGGGCCACCGAUAGUUCCUUUUGCUCCCAAGUGUGAACUGGAACUGAGUUUAAAUUUUUCCUCACCGGAAGAAAGUGAAACAGCUGCAGCUGCAGCCAGUGUUUGUGCCUUGAGUUACCUUCCGGUUGAUUCGGUGUCGAAAGCCUAUGCCGUGGAAGAAAUUUGCCAAAAGACAGCUCUGCCCAGUGGAAGAAGGAUUAUGAUUAGGAAAUCCAGCUCGACUGGACUGCUGACUCCAAACGAAGCGGACAGUGUGAUGAAGAGCUGCAAUUGGAUUCGGUCGAUUAAGCUGGCUAGUGAUGUGAGAAGUUACAAUGCAGUUCUGGAGUUGAAUGCGAACCAGUUGAUCAGGCUUCGGCUGAUCAAGGACGUGAACGGAGAAGAGGAGCUGAAGCUGUGGUUCUCCGAGGAUGUCGGCGCACAUAUGCAAAUUCCCUUCCUGACGCCAGUGAAUAUUCAGCGUCAAAACUGCUACGUGUGCCAUAUCUGCGGAAAAUCCUACGAAUACCCGAACCCGCUUAAAAUUCACAUAGCCACAGACUGCAGCCAGCAGUCGAUGACCGUCCUGUGGCAGCGUCUCCUUCACAGCAUCUCCCGCUACAACUUCGCAACCGGUUGUGAAUUUCAACCGUGGCGAAGCUCGGCCUUCCGUCCGGUACUCAACACCCACGCUAUGAAAGUGGAACUAUCCCCGCCUCAUCCUCCACCGCCCCCGCCGCAGAACAAAUCACCCCUUUUGGAGCAACCUUCACUGCACCAUCACCACCACCACCAUCACCACCCGCACAGUCCACUGGUCGACGAUUCCACCAUGGUGACGGCUGCGCAUCUAGAAACGAUCGUCAGCAACAUGGGCUCCUCGAAGCAAGGUCACAUCUGCAUCUACUGCGGGAAACUGUAUUCCCGCAAGUAUGGAUUGAAGAUACACAUCCGAACGCACACGGGGUUCAAACCGCUCAAGUGUCAGUACUGCUUAAGGCCUUUCGGUGAUCCGAGCAAUUUGAACAAGCACAUUCGAUUACACCGGCAGCACGAUAGCUCACUGUAUGAGUGUAAUUUGUGCGGAAAAAAACUGGCCAGGCGGAGGGAUUUGCAAAGACAUCUUCAGUCCCGACACAACAGCAAUCAGGUGAUUGAGAGUUCGACUUCCGAGGAGGAGGAAGAAGUUACAUGA